UGAAUGGGACGCAAGUAUGCCGCCUGAAACAAGUUAAGGCACACCAUUAACGACACUUCCCUCUUAAUAAAAAUAAGACGGGACUAUGAGUCUGGAUAAAUACUUAGAGACAUCGCAGGACUAAACAAAGAGUGUGACAUUUUGGGAACUAGAAAACUAAUCAGUGGAUUUCCAUCUUUCUUAACUGAACCUCUUCAACUCUGAGGAUGCCGGUUUUGAAAAGGGAACAAGCAAGAGACAUGGGAAAUCCAAGCUGCCUCCCAAAGCUCCCAGUGCCACCCUUAAAACAAACACUGGACAUGUACCUGAAGUGCAUGGGUCACCUCAUACCUGAAGAGCAGUUCAAAAAGACAAAGGCGAUUGUAGAGAAAUUUGGAGCACCUGGCGGGAUGGGAGAAUUUCUUCAGAAAAAGUUACUGGAGAGAAGCAAACAUACAGCCAAUUGGGUGUAUGACUACUGGCUUGAAGACAUGUAUUUGAGCAACAGAUUAGCACUACCUGUCAAUUCCAGUCCUGUGAUGGUCUUUUCCAAGCAGAACUUCAGGAGUCAAAGUGACACCCUCAGAUUUGCUGCCAAUCUAAUUUCUGGCAUAUUAGAGUAUAAAUCUCUUAUAGAUGGAAAUGUCCUCCCUGUAGAGUAUGGUCGUGGGCAGCAGGCCGGAACACAACUGUGUAUGGAUCAGUACAUCAAGGUCUUCGCCUCCUACCGUCUGCCAGGGCCAAAAAUGGACACUUUAGUGGCUCAGAAGAGCACAGUUAUGCCCGAGCCUCAACAUAUGAUAGUGGCUUGUAAAAAUCAAUUUUUUGUUCUCGACGUGGUGAUAAACUUUCGUCGAUUGAAUGAAAAAGACCUUUACACUCAGCUGGAGCGAAUCAGAGAGAUGUCAGACAUUGAAGAAGAGCGUCUGCCUCCGAUCGGUCUGCUCACAUCAGAUGGCAGAACACAGUGGGCCAAGGCUCGCAGUGUGCUGAUCAAAGAUUCUACCAACAGGGACUCUCUAGACAUGAUUGAGCGCUGUCUGUGUCUGGUGUGUUUGGACGAGCCGUCUGGCACUGAACUGAAUGAUACCAACCGAGCUUUACUGAUGCUCCACGGAGGGGGCACAGACAAAAAUGGGGGCAAUCGUUGGUAUGACAAGCCCAUGCAGUUUGUAAUAGGUGCAGAUGGAUGCUGUGGUGUUAUAUGUGAACACGCACCUUUCGAGGGAAUAGUGCUUGUGCAAUGUACAGAAUAUCUACUGAAAUACAUGAAAGGAAGCCCUUCUAAGCUGGUGAGGGCAGCCAGCAUAAGUGAGCUUCCUGUGCCCAGUCGACUGCGCUGGAAAUGCUCGCCAGAAAUCCAGACGUUUCUCACAGCCUCAGCAGAACAACUACAGAGGCUUGUGGAAAAUCUGGACAUGAAUGUCAGCAAAUUCACUGGUUAUGGCAAAGAGUUCAUCAAGAAACAGGAAAUGAGCCCUGAUGCUUAUGCUCAAGUUGCCCUCCAGUUAACAUUUUACAGAUGUCAUGGACGUCUAGUACCAACCUAUGAAAGUGCAUCAUUACGCCGCUUCCAUGAAGGACGAGUUGACAACAUUCGCUCCUCCACACCUGAGGCCUUAGCAUUUGUGAAAGCUAUGACAAAUAGCUCCAAAACCACUGGUGUUGAGAAAAUGAAGUUGCUUUGGACUGCCAUUGAAGCCCAAACCAAAUAUACAAUUCUAGCAAUCAAUGGGAUGGCAAUAGACAAUCACUUGCUGGGGCUGCGAGAGAUUGCCAAGGAGCUGAAACUAGAAAAGCCAGAGCUGUUUUGUGAUCCCACCUAUGCCACCAGCAUUCACUACAUUCUCUCUACAAGCCAGGUUCCUACCACUGAAGAGAUGUUCUGCUGCUAUGGUCCUGUUGUCCCUAAUGGCUACGGAGCCUGCUACAAUCCUCAGAUGGACCACAUCAUCUUCUGUGUGUCAAGCUUCUGUGACAGUGCCGAGACCAGCUCAGAUUUGUUUAUGAAGACUCUUGAGGGGUGCCUGAAGGAAAUGCAAGAUCUAUGCAUAAAAUGCAACACUGAAGCUAAACCAGCUGACUCUAUGAAAAGGAUGAACAGACCUACCAAGGUAAUGAAGAAUGGAAGCAAGUCAUAGCAAGAAGCUACAUCGUUUGAAUAAUAUGGAAGAUGCAGAAACCACAGAGACUGUACAAAGAUGGACGGGAGAAAAUAAGAGACUGAAAAACAAAGCAAGGCCAACAAUUUUUUUUUUUUUUUUUGUACAUUAUUUGGUGUAUGAGAGUAUUUGCAAAUUAAACGGGAGUAGAUGAAGCUCAGCAGAUAUACAGUAAAUUACACUAUGUUUCCAAGAAUCCGACCCAGCUUUUCACUCUGCCUAAGAGUAAAUUAUAGUUGUCACUGUCAAAGACAGCAUUAAAAGGAUAGUUCACCCAAAAACAAAAAAUCUGUACUCAUUUACUUACCGUCAACUGUAUGAAAAAUUAUUUUGAGGGCCGCCUUGAUAAUUGGAAAUUAUCCAAGUAAUUGUUUAAGUUGAUGGAAAAAAAGGACAUUCUCAAAUAUGCUGCCUUUGAAAUACUGUAUAUCCAGCUGCUUGAUAUGAUAACCUAUAGCUAUUUACAAUCUAUACCAGAUUUUUGUGGUCAUGUCAGAGUCAAAAUACAUUACUCUGAAUGCAACCCUGUGGAACCGGACCAAAAGCUGCUAUUUAACUUUAACUCUUUGUGAGCCUCAUCUUUUGCAUUUUAAAGUUAAUUUCAUGUAUUUUUAUGCAUAUAUAUAUAUAUAUAUAUAUAUAUAUAUAUAUAUAUAUAUAUAUAUAUAUAUAUAUAUAUAUAUAUAUAGCAAAGUCUAUUUUAGGUCCGCAGCAUAAAAACAAAAUGUCAUUAUAAUUUAUACUGUAUGGUAUUUUAGCUUUAAAGUUUGCUGUUUUGUGUGUUUUAUAAAUAUAAUUUUCACAUAUUCUGAAAUGCACAGUCUGAGGUCCUAAAAAAAAGCCAGUUUGUACAUAAAUGUUUAAAGAAUAUGAGCCAUUGCGAAUGCUGAAAGAACAUUUUGUUUCCAUUCUGUAGGUUGUCUUGACUUUCAAUGCAAUAAUAGUAACAGGAACUAUGAAAUGUAUAAUGCACUAGCAGAUUAUGAACUAUGGAGCCAAGAUGAAUAGUUUAAUUACAUUUGCAAACUAUACGUUUUUUUUUUUUUUUAGUGCAAUCCUUGUUGUGUAUGUGAAAACAUUAUUACAUUACUGUAAGUCUGAAAAUGACAUUGACAUGUGUUGCACACCAGGUCUACAAUAUAUCUAAACAAAAAGAACAAUACUUGAUGUCUGUCUAAUGUACACAGACAAAGACUGAGUUAGAAUAUGUUUUAUAUAGUGAAUAUGCAUUGAACACGGUUUUUUAAAUGUGUGUAGAUCAAAAAACGAAAACAAUGAUGCCUUGAGAAAUUAGAAUCCAGGGCAGUGAAAUUAUAGCCUUUACCCAAGUAUUAGUAAUAGAAUAUGUUUGUUGUUUAUCAUGACAUCAUGUUAAGAAUGAGAAUGGGCAAAUCUGAAAAUACAUAUGAAAAUAAUGAUGUAACAGAAUGUAUUUUGUUCAACUGUAGUGGAGUGCUUAAACUGUGAUGUUAUUUAACUCUGGGAUAUUUAUUUUUUCAAAAAGAGUUUUCAAAAUAUAAAUGGUCUAUUUAUCACUGUAUCUUAAAGAUGCCAUAAAAAUUACUAAGCAAAACCAACGAUGUGUGUAG